AUGCAAUCCUCAUCUCGAAAGCCAGACUGUUAUUGCUCAUUACCGACAACUUUAUGGCGAGCAUAUAAAAGCGACAGAAAUUAUGGUCGAUGGUUUUGGCGAUGCUCGAAAUUUGGAACUGAGGAUGAUAUGGAAAAGUGUAAUUACUUUAAAUGGGCUGACGAAAAAAACGAUAUUAUUAUUAUUGAUAAUAAUAAUGCGAAUAGUCGUGACAGAGGUGUUACAAAUAUCAGCAACAAUACUGUAAACAAUACAAAUAAAAAAUCGCUGUCACCACGUCAGUCUAAAAUUACAUUAUCACCUCAAAGUGACGUCUCUUUUAUAGAAAGACAUCUGACUCGGCAAGAUAAUCGAAUUUCUACUCAAGAACGACAGAAUAAUGAAUUAAACGAUCAAUUAGAGAAUGCACGAAAAGAGAUUGAAGGAUUGAAAUCUGAGAAUAAUAUUUUGAGACGUGAGAACAACUUGUUGAAACGCGAAAUUGAGCUUACAAAAGAAGAGAUUCGAUAUGAAAUAGAAUUGAAGAGAAGAAAGAUUUAA